AUGCGUGUGUCGCAAGCUCCCCUGAGCUCGACGCUCGCCUUCCUGCUCGGUGCGAGCUUGACACAAGCUCAGUACCUCAUCAAUGAGCUCAGUUUCGGUUACUCGGGCAGCAUAUCACCCAACAACGAUGGCCACGUUCCCAACUUUGUCCUCCAGGGACAGCCGAACCAGCCCGAAAUCCUCUCCAACAAGAUCAUUCUUACCCCCGUUGCACCUGGGAACCAGCGCGGCUCCAUCUGGAGCACUCAACAGGUGACGCACAACAACUGGAUCGCCGAUAUCGACUUCCGAGCCAACGGCCCCGAGCGCGCCGGCGGAAACCUCAACAUUUGGCUAACCCACGGCGGCGCCAACGACGUCGGCAUGAGCUCGGCCUACACUGUCGGACGCUUCGACGGUCUUGUCCUUGUCAUUGACGGUCAUGGCGGCACCGGCGGCAUGGUGCGCGGCUUUCUGAACGACCGCUCGACCGACUACAAGGCACGGAGCGAUAUCAGCAGUCUUGCCUUUGGUCACUGCCAGUACCAGUACCGCAACCUUGGUCGUCCCAGCCAGAUCAAGCUGCGCCAGACUUCUAGUGUUUUCAAGGUCGAGAUCGACGGCCGCCUUUGCUUCGAGACCGACAAGGUCAAGAUCCCUACCGGCUACAGCUUUGGUAUCACCGCCGCCAGCGCCGACAACCCCGAUUCCUUUGAGAUCUUCAAGAUGGUUGUGAUGGCCGAGUCGCUGCAAACUGACAACGCGCACCAAGACCACAGCAAGAGCCAGCAACAUCAGCAAGAGCAGCAGCACCAAGCCCAUGAGCAGAAGUCCAACCAGGGCCAGCCCAGUGUCAAGAACCCGCGCGGCCCCGUUGACCCCGCCAAGCUCGAGAUCCUGCCCGACACCAACGCCGACACCAUCACGUCGUCUAAGGCGCAGUUCGCCGACUUGCAUAACCGCCUGCAGUCAAUUAACCAUCAAAUCGGCACCAUCUACAGCUCCGUCAACCAGUACGGCCAGCACGCCGAGAACCGCCACGCUGAGACUUCAAAGAUUCUUGACUCGCUCCGCCAGGAGCUGCGCCGCCUUGAGAAGAUCAACGAUCUUGAGGGCCGCAUCAACGGUCUCGAGCGCGAGAUCCGCGCCAUGCGCACCGACCUUAACCUGCAGAUGAAGAACACGGAGCACUCUCUCAAGGGUUACAUGAGUGACCAUCACGCCACUCUGUCGUCCAACAUUGUCAACGCCGCUCCCGGCCACGGCAAGCUUAUCCUUGUGAUUGUCGGCUCACAAAUCGUUCUGGCCAUUGGCUACGUGGUGUACAAGAGGAAGAAGAACGCCAUGCCCAAGAAGUACUUGUAA